CAUGUCUGGACGCGGCAAGGGAGGAAAGGUGAAGGGGAAGUCAAAGUCCCGCUCCAGCCGUGCCGGCCUGCAGUUCCCCGUGGGCAGGAUCCACCGUCUCCUGAGGAAGGGCAACUACGCCGAGCGCGUGGGCGCCGGCGCCCCCGUGUACCUGGCGGCCGUCAUGGAGUACCUGGCCGCCGAGGUGCUCGAGCUGGCCGGCAACGCGGCCCGCGACAACAAGAAGACCCGCAUCAUCCCCCGCCACCUGCAGCUGGCCAUCCGCAACGACGAGGAGCUGAACAAGCUCCUCUCCGGCGUCACCAUUGCCCAGGGAGGUGUGCUGCCUAACAUCCAGGCGGUGCUCCUGCCCAAGAAGACCGAGAAGAAGUAAUCGCCCUCGGCCUUUCAGGGACGACAAUUCAGUACCGUUUAAUCCGGCUCCCCUUGGGAGCCACACCCUUUUCCAAAAAGAGACUUCUGGACACACACCCUCAACUACAUAGUGACAUUCCUAGGUCAAUUCCUGCUGAUAUUACUAGGAAGAAGACCCUCAGUCAUGACAACAAUUAACAACCCCCACGUCUGGCAGGCUUCCCACACUUAGUUUGUUUGUUUUCUUCACGGCAGGUAAGGGACUCCUCUGCUGACAACGACGAUAACAACAAUUAACCCACAAGACAUAACAUAACAAAUAAAAAAAACGCAAAACAGAGCCGGGAGGUAGGUCGUUGAGACGAUGAUGGCCGUCGUGCAGAUCGGAUGCGGCGCUGCCCCCGCCGAGAUGAAGUAGGUAGGUAGGUAGGUAGUAGCUGGGUGGGCUCCGACCCGCUGUGGCCUGUGGAGUAGGUCCGGAAUGAGUAAAAUGAAUCAGUCAGUCACUCACUCACUGACGUCAUGUAUGAUCCCCUGCCUCACCCGAGAAAGCAUGCAUCGGUU